AUGGGAGAAGAGGACGAAUGUGGAGCUCCCAGCCUCAGAGGUCGCACACGCCGUCGCGAGCGGGCAGGCAGUUCCAAGAGUUCACCGAGAUUCGGAACCCCGCUGGCACCUACCUCACCGCUCCCGUCUCUCUUCCCCACUUUGGACGUCGCAACUCCGGUAGCGUCUAAAGUUGUAGACAACGGUCUCCGAAACCUUUAUUGCUGUUGCAAAUCCGAGUUCGAAGAAUUGGGUAUCCUUCCUGACGCUGGGCUUCGCGCGGAAUUUGAUCAAUGGUUGGCUGUGAUCUUUUGGGGUGAAGUCAACAACUUCAACUCCCAAGUUCUACAUCCGGCAUCGACAGACCUAUUUCAACGGCGUCUCUUGUGUCGUGUUCAUGAUCAGGAAGCUUUGAAAAUGUCAUGUCACUCCGCUAGCUUUCUCGUGCCUUAUGCAACUGGUCAAAUAUUCGACCAUCAGAGUAGAUUAUUCUUCACAUUCUCCAUAUCUGUAGCCAUUGCAACGCUUCCUGCCCAUACGCUGAAUCUGUCAAAUUCCAUCCUCGGCGCUAAAUUGCUGUUUCCAUACCACAGCCACCGCAUCAUAUAUUUCUGCCUUCUCUCUUCUCAUUGGAACAAUGAGUUAUAUCAAGCUAGGCAUCAGGAAAGUGAGGUCACGCCAGCGAGGGCUGUGCAGUUCACGACGUUUUCCAGCAUAAUUGUAUACCUCCGAGAUGAGUCUUUGGACCUUGGCAUUUUUUGGCGGACGUAUGGCAAGUGGCUCAGCAAGGUCCAACUAAGAUCUCCUUCAAGGCUGUAUGAGUCCCAAGGGAAAUUCUCAGUGGAUGACAAAGAAGCGCCUGAGUGGACAAGUGCGAUCUGUCGACCAACCUUCAGCUCGAAAGAUAAACACGGGGUCAGCCUUCUUGCAAAGAUGUGCACAGGUGUGUUUCCAGCCAAUAUUGUCAACAUUACAUCUGCAAGGGACGUUCCAGACCUUGUGUUUGGCCUCACCAGGACCGUGAUGUCAGCCGUGCGUUUCUCUCUCGUCUCUGCCACCUUUGCAACAACCUGGAAACACCAAAUUCUUUUCCCUUUCCUCACCCAAGAAGGCCAGGUCGCGACGCCUCGACAAUAUUCGCCGUUUCUCCGGCCCUGUUGCUUUCCAGAGGGACCCCCUCUUUAUUCACUUAUUUUUUUGUUUUUCGAACCUGCGCAAAAAAAUCUUGCCCCACCAUCCCAUCGCCAACCCCGCCUCGAUCCGUCGGGCACCACCAUCACCAUGUCUGACAAACUCACCCGUGUCGCUAUCGUCAACAGCGACAAGUGCAAGCCCAAGAAGUGUCGUCAAGAGUGCAAGAAGGCCUGCCCCGUCGUCCGCUCCGGAAAGCUCUGCAUCGAAGUUACCCCCGAGUCCCGCAUCGCCUUCCUCUCCGAGUCACUAUGCAUCGGUUGUGGUAUCUGCCCCAAGAAGUGCCCCUUCAGCGCCAUCACCAUCAUCAACUUGCCCACGAACCUUGAGAGCCAAGUCACCCAUCGCUACUCCGCCAACAGCUUCAAGCUUCACCGCCUUCCCAUGCCCCGUCCUGGCAACGUUCUUGGUCUUGUUGGAACCAACGGUAUCGGAAAGAGUACCGCUCUGAAGAUUCUCAGUGGAAAGCUCAAGCCCAACUUGGGUCGCUACGACAACCCGCCCGACUGGGAGGACGUCAUCAAGUACUUCCGUGGUUCUGAAUUGCAAAACUACUUCACCAAGCUUCUUGAGGAUGACCUCAAGGCCGUUGUCAAGCCUCAGUAUGUCGACCAGAUCCCUCGCGCCGUCAAGGGCCCUCAGAAGAGCGUCAGAGCCUUGAUCGAUGCUGUGAGCAGCUUGGGAAACAAGCAGGAGGUCUGCGAUACUUUGGAGCUCAACCACAUUAUGGAUCGUGAGAUCAACCAAUUGUCUGGUGGAGAGCUGCAGCGUUUCGCCAUUGGUACCGUCUGUGUCCGCAAGGCCGACGUUUACAUGUUCGACGAGCCCUCUUCAUACCUCGAUGUCAAGCAGAGACUGGCUGCUGCCCGUGUUAUUCGCUCUCUUCUCCGCGACGACGACUACGUCAUUGUCGUCGAGCACGACUUGUCAGUCUUGGACUACCUCUCGGACUUCAUCUGCGUUCUUUACGGUCGCCCCGCCGUCUACGGUGUAGUCACCCUGCCGCAGUCCGUCCGUGAAGGUAUCAACAUUUUCCUCGACGGUCACAUCCCGACCGAGAACUUGCGUUUCCGUGACGAGUCCCUGACCUUCAAGCUCUCCGAGGGUGCUGAUGAGUUCAUGAAUGACAAGUCUCGUGCCUUCAAGUACCCCAAGAUGCAGAAGUCCAUGGGUGACUUCAAGCUGAGCAUUGAGUCUGGUGACUUCACCGACUCCGAGAUCAUUGUCAUGAUGGGAGAGAACGGAACCGGAAAGACCACCUUCUGCCGCCUCCUCGCUGGCGCUCUCAAGCCCGACACCAAGGCUGCCGUCCCCGAGAUGAAGAUUAGCAUGAAGCCCCAGACCAUCACCCCUAAGUUCGAGGGUACCGUUCGCCAGCUGUUCUUCAAGAAGAUCAGGGCCUCUUUCCUAUCGCCCCAGUUCCAGACCGAUGUUGUCAAGCCCCUGAAGCUCGAUGACUUCAUUGAUCAGGAGGUCAAGAACUUGUCCGGUGGUGAACUUCAGCGUGUCGCCAUUGUUCUUGCUCUCGGUAUACCCGCCGAUAUCUACCUUAUCGACGAGCCCUCCGCCUACCUCGACUCCGAGCAGCGUAUUAUUGCCUCCCGCGUCAUCAAGCGCUUCAUCAUGCACGCCAAGAAGACCGCCUUCAUCGUCGAGCACGAUUUCAUCAUGGCCACCUACCUCGCCGACCGCGUCAUCGUCUUUGACGGAAAGCCCGGUAUUGACGCUCAUGCCAACAAGCCCGAGUCUCUCCUUACUGGUUGCAACACUUUCCUGAAGAACCUCGACGUUUCUUUCCGUCGCGAUCCCACCAACUACCGCCCUCGUAUCAACAAGGGCAACUCCCAGCUCGACCAGGAGCAGAAGGCCAACGGCAACUACGUAAGUCGAACAACCGUGUGCCACCUUGACAUUGACAGCAAUCCUAACAUGGUUUAUAGUUCUUCCUGGACGACGGCGACAAGACGAGUUAAAGAGGGCACCUAUACAGAUGUUUUCCCUCGUCACGAUGCAUUCGACUCAGGCGUUAAGGGCGUUCAAAAAGGGCAUAAGCGGCAACCGGGGAGGCGCGCUUCCGGCGGUCAGGAUCAUGGUUUCGGUUUAGAGGAGGCGAGCGCGUCCGAGGACGACGCCGAUGGUGAUGGAUAA